AACUUAUGGCCUGAGGUAACAGUUAUCACAACCUUCCAGGGACGAAACUGAUUCAGAGAGGAAUUAUGGGUUGGACUUUGAGGCUGCAAUCAUGGCGGGUUUCCCUUAAGAGCCCCCUCCUUCCCCUUUUCUCUCAGAACUACAUCCCCCAGCAGCCUUUGCGGCGGAGUUAUGUAAGUUAGUUUCUCCGUGUACGAAGAAGAAGAAGAAGAAGAGGUCAGGCGAGGAGGGAGGUAUUAAAAAGAGAGAGAGAGAGAGAAAGAGGGAAAGAAAGAGAGGAGGAGGGAAAACGGGGGAGGAGAGAGAGAGAGAGAGAGAGAGAGAGAGAGAAGGGCGAGGAAAAGAGUCGGAGGGCAAAAAUUAGCGCAACGGAAACGGAGCCGCAAGAGCGUCGGGAGGCGUCGCCUGAGGCCUAGGCCGCGGCCUGCUGUUGGUUCGGGCUCCUUCGGUCCCGCUCUUGUCGCGCGUCAUUCGCGCGCCGGGGCCUCGUCCGCACCAGGAUGUCGUCCUCCUCGUCGUCGUCCUCGUCGUCGUCCUCGCUGCCUCCGUCUCGGCGUCAGUGGUGCUACCUGUGCGACCUGCCGAAGAUGCCCUGGGCCAUGAUCUGGGACUUCAGCGAAGCCGUCUGCCGCGGCUGCGUCAACUUCGAAGGCGCCGACCGCAUCGAGUUCCUGAUCGAGACGGCGCGGCAGCUGAAGAGGAACCACGUCCUGCAGGAGGGCCGCUCCCCGGGGCCCCCGGGGGCCAAGCACGGCAAGGAUGGCGCCGGAGGAGGAGCAGCGGGGGUGCCCUUGGAGAGAUACGAGCGGGGCUGCGGAGGAGGACGCCUCUCCGGGGCCGAGUACGCCCUCAGCCCCCGCCUGCCCAACGGACUGGCCCGAGGAGGCGGAGAGGAAGGGGAAGGCAGCCGGCAGAGCCCCACGGCCAGGAGGGCACUGCUAGGCCCGGUGGUGCCCCCCAGCCUGGUCCCGCAGGGGCUCCUGGGGGCGCCCCAAGGGCUGCUGGCGGCCGUCUCCGGCCUGGGCCCCCCCUCGCGCCCGGGGGCCUCCCUGGCAAUGGCCUCCCCCAUGUUGGCCGAACUGGCCAAGCCCUCGCGCCUGGCCUACGGAGACUACGAGAAGGAGAAGCAGCGCAACAGCGAGUGCCUGGCGGAGCUGAACGAAGCCAUGCGCGGCCGGGCGGAAGAGUGGCACGGGAAGCCCAAGGCGGUGCGGGAGCGCCUGCUGGCCCUCUACGGCUGCGCCCCCUUCAACGUGCGCUUCAAGAAGGACCACGCGCUGGUCGGCAGGAUCUUCGCCUUCGACGCCGCGCCCCGGCCCAGCUACGAGUACGAGCUCAAGCUCUUCACGGAGUACCCCUGCGGCUCCGGCAGCGUCUACGCCGGUGUCUUAGGGGUGGCCAAGCAGAUGUUCCAGGACUGCCUCAAGGAGCCCGGCAAAGUCAUCUCCUCGGGUUACAAGUACCUGGAGUAUGAGAAGUGCCACGGGUCCAAUGAGUGGCGCCUCCUCGGGGAGCUCUUCACAGAGAAUGUGCGCUUCUUCAGAGAGCCCCCGGCUCCGGAGGCCCUGCCUCAGCAGUACCUCGACAGCAACUGCGCCAUGCCCCCCAGCCUCCUCCUCAGGGCCGUGCCGCCUUCCCGGGCCGUCAUGCGAAGGCGUAAGGCCUCCCCCGAGCCGGAAGGGGAGCUGUCCGGCAAGCUGACCGGAGAAGAGCAACAGCAGAGGCAGCACUGGUUGACCCAAGGGUCCGGCGGCGGCAUCUACCCGUCCAGCAUGGCUCACUUGCCAACAUCCGCAGGCCAAGGCCCCUUGCCGGAGGGCUCCUUACGAAACGACCCUUCGCCCAUCACGGCUCUGAAGAACGUGGCUGACACCCUGGGGAAGGAGGUCAACCCGGUCCACUCCACCACCACCCGGCAAAACAGCGCCAGUCCGGCCUCUCCAGCUGCUUCAGGCCAACACCGCCUGGUGCCCCGCAACGGGGAGCCGGGCCAAGCGACCACCACCUCCUCUUCCUCCUCCUCUUCCUCUUCCUCUUCCUCCGGAGCCCACUCUUCCGGAGGAGUCGAGCCCAGCGGCACUCAGAGUGCCCCAGAUUCGUCGGGAGGUGCCAGCAGCGCCCCUCUGUGCUGCACCAUUUGCCACGAGCGCCUGGAAGAUACCCACUUCGUCCAGUGCCCUUCUGUGCCCGGGCACAAGUUCUGUUUCCCUUGCUCCCGGGAUUUCAUUAAAGCCCAAGGAGCAGCCGGAGAGGUUUAUUGUCCCAGCGGGGAGAAAUGCCCCUUGGUUGGAUCCAACGUCCCCUGGGCCUUUAUGCAGGGCGAAAUCGCCACCAUCUUAGCUGGAGACGUGAAAGUAAAAAAGGAGCGUGACCUGUGAGAAAAGGGAGCACGGCCAGCAUACGGGACAUUGUGCCAGGGGGUGCCCGCCUGCCCCGCACACCCCCAACUCGCCCGCCCGCCCUCUCCCAUCCACUGUGGCAGUGACUGGAAUUAGUAACUUAUUCCCCACCCGCAAGCACCCUUGCUUUAACCCACUGUGGACUGGGGUAUUGUAUAUAAAUCUAUUUUUUAAAUAAUAUUUCCAUAGCAAGCUGAUAUAUGAAGCCACAUCUAUGUUUAACCUACUAUGGGAGGGGAGGGGGCAAUCAUCUGUGCUGUUCUGUAAGGUCUUGGGAAGGGAGGAUUCAUAAAGGUGGAGAGACCUUGGGCGCAUUCACACUUACCUUUUCAUCGCGGGGAGAUCCAGAUCUCUGUAAUGAAAUACGAGGUCGCCGUUCCCACUCUGAUUUAAAUGCCCAGAUUUCUCUAUGGCAGUUAAACCCAGUUUGGCGGUUCCCACUUGCACCUGAUCAUUUCCAAAUGGAGGUGCCUCCAUUUUCAGAAGCGAUCCAGUAGCACAUUCUCACGACCGAAGAGCCGGAUUGUUGUGGCACCAAGAAAAACACAUGGUAAGUGACCCGAUGCAAAAUGCACCGGGUUAAGUGGGUUUUUUUCAUGCUCCCCCCUAAACUGCACCAAGUGCAGCUGGGGCAAGUGUGAAUGCCACGCAAAUAACCCGGUUUGCACACCGGGUUAUUUAAUAGUGCAAAUGCGCCCAAAGAAAAACCAGGAGAGUUACAAAAUAUGUUCUUUAGGCAUAGGGGCAGCUGUUUAUCAAAGUAUCCCACUCACGUCAAGCUCAUGCUAUCCCCAAACCAAACCCCGCUUCCUGUCCUAUCUGUAUGCGUCCUUCCACCUUUGCAGGUGCCCUUUCAUUCUGGGUGCAGCAGUCCUUUUGUCUGUUCCUUCCCGAACCAAUCUAAUCCAGAAGCCCUCCUCACCUUGCACCCUGAGAUACUCCGUUCCUACCAAUGUUUCCAACCUACCCCUCCCUAAACAUUGUGUGUGCGUGUGUGUACAUGAGACAGUCCUAAAUCUGUGCAGCGUGUGUGUGUGUGU